AUGGACAACUUGCGCACCAUUUUCAAGCGCGGUGAUGGCAAGGAAAGUGGCAACAAUGACCUUAACCCUACCCUCGUCAACCUCCUGAUUGCCCUGCUUGCUAUCAUCCUCUUUACCAUGGCACUGGUCGGUAUCCUGAUGUUCCUCAACCGAAGACGCCGCCUCAUGCAGGAGCGCCGCCAGUCCGAACUCCCCCUCUACGACAAAACCACCAGCCGCCGCCGUCUCACCAUCACCGCCACCUCAUACGGUCAGUGCAUGGUUGACGAGAAAGAGUCCAGCCGACCUUCGAGUCCGGUCCCUGAAAUUCGCAUCACCUUCCCGGAGGAGGAAGAUGCUGCUGGCAAGCGCACCUCUGGCCGGGUUGUGGUUGUCAGAAUAGGUGAAAAGGGUGGCAUCGGUCUCGAACCAUGCAACGAAGACCUGCCACCAUACCAGUCUGACAGCACCGAGCGAUUUCAGUCCCUCGACCUCGAGCGGAUGGGUGGCCUUAAAGAAAAAGGAGAUCUCAAACAGUAUUCAUAG